GAAAGGUCAAGGUCAGGUCAGAAAUUCCGGAAUGCAAGAUUUGACAAGUGAAGUUUUACUUUCUUCAUCGGUGUAUUGGUGACAUAUUUCUCUGAUGCUGUUUGUAGCUACGAAAACUAAAGAUGUCUGACUGGAUAGACAUAAAGAAAUGUGGUAUUAAGAUAGAUCCGCCUGCCUUGGUGCUUAUAUAUUAUGACAGGAAGACAAAAAAGCAACGACGAAGAACGAUGCCGCUCAGAAACUUUACCAAAUUGUCAUAUGUGGACAGAUUUGCUGCUGAUUUACGGUCAUGUCCAAGAAACUCAAAAUAUGUGAAAAACCUGCCUCAAGCCCAGCUCCUGCGAAUGUUGACAAUUGUCAAAGACAGGCUUAAAGGAAUGAGCCUGGAGGCCAGUCUAGCCCGGAAUCUUGACAUGGACAGUAUUGAUCCCGAAGAAGAUCUCAACAAAGUGGAUGAAGAGACAUUGAAGAGAAAAAAGUUACAAAUGGACAACGAGUUUGAGAAAAAUCGCAAAAAGCCUGGUGACCCUGAUUUUCAGUAUGAAGUCGAGGUUGACUUUGACACUGGGGCUGCAGAAACCUCAGGCUGGGACUCAGAAGGCAGUGAUCCUGAGUUCUGAUGAUGAUGAUGAUGAUGAUGGGUCCUUGACAAAAGUCAGUUGUUAAGGUGUACAUUUGAGUAGAUGAUGUCGAUAUAAGGGUAAUGUUGGAAAUUAGAUGGUGUUCUUGAGGUAUCAGGUGUGUGUUACUUUGUAUCUUAACCUAAGGGUCCCGGAGUGGAUGUGCCUGGGCUUUCAAAGCAGCUGAUACUCACCGCCAUGUCUUUAGGAUGGAAAAAUAUCCCAAUACUGGACAUCCCAGAUUGUCUCAAUAUUAAGUGUCCAUAAUUGAUAUGAUUGACGUUGUAGAAAAAUGCUAUUUGAUAUCAAAUUUCCAUUCAAGAUGUUCAAAUUUCAUUCGAUUUGUAAAUGAUUACACCUAGAUAUCUUCUCCUUCAAUGUGCUUCCAAAUUACAAUGCAAUUUAUUUCUGAAACACAGGCAAAAACGUGACAUAUAUUUCUGUAGUCAUGGCAAUGAUCUUUUGAGCAAUUAAUUUGGAUGAGGGCUUCUUGAAUGCCUAUAUGUUUUUUCAUGAAGACUGUUCUAUAACACACUUUUAAAUUCUGUUCACAACUUUUAGAAAUUUGAGUGCGUUCAUGAUUAUAAAGCCUGUGUAUACUGGUAUAUGCAAUAUUGGAAAUGAUAUUAUUCGCGUAAGUAAAGUCUUGAUAUUUCUCAUGUAAUGCUCAGUUUUCAUCAAAAUUUAGAUCACUGUCCUCAUUCAUUCAACUGAUGAUUAUAUAUCUACAUCGACUGCAAAACUAGGUCAUUAUGGUAUAUGAGUUACGUAUGUUCUGUGACAUCUU